CAAAGAAGANUCUUGUGUUGUUCAAAUUAUAAAAGAGCACAUCCCAUUGAUACAACAGCUCGAUUUAUCUAAAAAUAGGCUGAAUAAUUUGGAGGAUUUAGCUCCUCUUGUGACAGUAUGCAAAAAUCUGAAAAUACUAAUAUUAAAAAACAAUAAGCUGAAGAGAAUGGCCGUACUUGAUGCAUUGAAGGGAUUGGAUUUAGUUGAGCUCACAUUGGACGGUAAUCCUUUGUGUGACAAUUAUAAGGACCAAUCAACUUAUAUCAGGUAAGAUAUUUAUGACCAUUUAAUGAAACUGGAAGAAGAAGCAGCUUCUACUCCUGAAUGGUCUGUAUGUGUAGAAGCAAGUGCUGUCCAUUGGAAACAACAGUAAUAUAUAUAUUAAAAUAAAACUUAACAUCUGAAAAUAUACACUUAAAAUAUGACAUAACCAUACAUGGCAAUAUUUGCAGAUAAUUUAAUUAAUAAUUUUAUAUUAAAUAUGUCAAAAGUAAGGCAUCAGUAUCGAAAUGGAAGAGAAAAAAAAUAGUGAAGAUUUAGAAGCACUUACAAUAAAUCAGCUUUAUUUCUUGAAGAAAUAAUAUCCUCUAGUUCAUAAAUGAUUGUACAAAAUAUUGUAUUUUAUUAAGAAUGUAUGAUUUGCCAUCGAAAAGAAUUGCUGGAAAAAGUUCUCUUAUCUGUACUGUUAGCCAAAGACGGUGGCCGAGCUCUUGGAGUCGCUCACUAUCAGGCACAGGCAGGAAGAGAUUUAAAAUAGGAUGAAAAUCUUGUUCCAGCUCAAACUAGAUGUGGCAAAAUCAGAUAGAUCAUGGAAUGUAACAUGCAAAAAACAGAGGAUAUAAGAUCAUUAGAAUGAGAAGACAAUUCUGAAAUGCUGAAUAUGUGCAAAAUGUGCUUCUGCAUUUGAAGAAAAGAUAGAUACAUGCCAAUACUU